GAGGGGCUCCCGGGGGGCGGGAGGGGAGCCGGGAGAAGCCGCCGGUGGGUCCCGGUUGCCCCUCUUGACUUCCCCGUCCCGGUGCCCAGCGUGGCGCAGGUGCCGGUGGCGGAGGGGAAGAGCCUGCAGCAGACGGUGGAGAUCCUGACGCGGAAACUGGAGCUGCUGGGGGCCGAGAAGCAGGGAACCUUCUGCGUGGACUGCGAGACUUACCACACCGCCGCUUCCACCAUCAGCAGCCAAGGUCAGCCCCGGGAGAGCCCCGGGGGGGUCCGGGUCCGGGUCCGGGGGUGCCGUCAGCCGGCCCGCAGCUCUUUCUUCUCCCGGUGCCCUUUCCAGCUCCUUAACGUGGCGCCCGGGGGGUGAACCCCGGUGACAGGAGGGUCUCCCGUGGAAGGAGCGUCUGCUGUGGGUGAGGCCACGGCUUGGACCGGGACCGGGACGGUCGGGGCUUCUCCCGCAGGUCGUGGCUGUUUGAUUUAUCGUGGUGGGGAACGAGCAGCCAUCUCGCCGCCCGCAGAAUGUCUUCUCCGCCCGCAGGAGGUGCCUGUUGCGGUUGCCGUCGGCCUUUUCUCUUCUCUGGGAGAAGGAGCGUCCCUGUACGGGGUCCCGGCGGAGCUGGGGAGGGUCGGCAUGGGGCACGGACCGGCCUGCCGUGGCCGAUGCUCUCUGCCCGGUAGCAGACACCCGGCCGUGCCCGUUCUUCCCGCUCCUUAGCACCGUUUUUCCCUCUCCCUGCGUGUCCCCGCGUUGCCCUGCCCUGGGGAUGGCCCUGUCGCGGUGGGGAGCCCUGCCUUGAGGAUUCCUGCUCCAGCCUCAGCAGCCGUGUCGGGUUAUCUUUGCUGUCAGCGUUAUUUUUCCGUGAAACUUCAAAUGCUGUUUCUGUUUGAGUCGCUUUGGAGGCCACGUUUUGGUCCGGAGAGGAUGGGCGCGAGUCUCCUGGCAGCAUCUGCCCGUCUCCGAGGGGCAGUCACUGGAGGGCAGGCGGUGGCAGCCAGCCUGCAAGCUGGAGGGGGGAGCGGAGCUGAGCACCGGCUCCCGGGACAGUAGGGAGCAGCUCUAAGGGCUUCUGAGGCAUGAGGUGACCCAGGUCUUUCCAGGGGAUGUGCUCAGAGGACCCCAAAUCCCCUCUUGACAUAGCAGGGCCUAAAACUGCUCAGAGGUACGGCGUGGCGUGCUCACCUGAGGGGCUGUUCCAGUCUCUUUAUCCCUCCUAAGCGCCCCUCGAUUUUCACAUCAUUUAAAAACGCUAAGGCAAACAUCGCCGCUGUCUCUGCGGCUGCCUUGGGGCUCGGCUCCGCCAGUUUGCCCAGACAGAUCUAUUUGAAGCUACCAGAGCGGCUUUUUGCUGCUUUUUUUGCAGCUGGAACUUGCACGGCCACAUCCCUGGAAAGGCUUUUUUGAUCUAUGUGGAUAAACGAGAAUUGUUUCCAGCUUUUAAAGCAUGAUAUAAGCCAGGGCACCCUGUUUUCCAGAGCGUGUCUCAACACGUCCUCCCCAGGCAGGACUGGUGGGUGAGGGGGAAGAGAGGCAAAGCCCAGCCUUCCUCCUGUGACCGUGGGCAGGACAGUCAGCAGAUGCCCAGCCCCAUGUUUGGGGAUGGGAGGGCAGACAGGCAAGCUGAUGUACGUGAUGCACAACUCCGAAUAUCCCCUCAGCUGCUUUGCUCUCUUUGAAAACGGUCCCUGCCUCAUAGCAGAUGCCAACUUUGAUAUCCUUAUGGUGAAGUUGAAAGGCUUCUUCCAAAACGCCAAGGCGAACAAGAUAGAGAGCCGGGGCACCCGCUACCAGUACUGUGACUUCUUGGUGAAGGUGGGCACAGUUACGAUGGGGCCCAGUGCCCGUGGGAUAUCUGUGGAGACACAGCCCCAGGAGAGCAGGGCCCUCUUGUCCCAGGUUCUGCUCACGCAGUGUAGAGAUGGUCUUCUCCUCACCAGAGUGCUUUUGGCAGGCGUCAGUCCUACCCUGUGGCGUGCCAACCUGGAUUGCUGCACCGUGGGCUUGAAGCCUGCCAUCAAACAGCUUCCGCUCUUUCUGCUCAGUGCUGUGACUGCUGAUGAGGCUCGAGAGCAUCGGCUGCCAGCUGCUGACGGGUGUUUCAUGGGGUGGAGGCUGGGCUGAAGCAAAUUCUAAAGGAAGAUCCUUCAGUGUACACGAAGGGGCAUGGGAGGAUCUAGGAAGGCAUUUGGGGAGAUGCUUGGCUGAAUACAAGUGUGAGUCGAAGGCUCACAAGCUGUGGACAAGCCUCAGCUGGGCUGAAAAACAUCUUGGAAAAGACAAGGAGCUGGGCUGCGCUGGUAUGGGAAGGGCAAAGGUCAGACUCCAGACAUCUAGAAAUAUUGGUGCCGAACAGUCUUCAAGAUAGCUGAGAAUUAGAUGCUUAGAGGUCUUUCAAAAUCAGAGCUUAUGCUUUUUCUAAACACACAAAUCCUAUUAUCUGAUAUACAAUUAAUCAGGCAGGCGUUCCUAGCCAGCAGGGAUGAGGAUUGAGAAAUGGCUUAUUUCUUCACUGCAAUAAACACAGAUGUUGUAGCAUCAGCGUUGCUAUUGACCUGGGGUUAAACAGAAGCUUUUUUUACCCUAAACUUGAGUUCAGGACCAGAUUUGCCAGGUGGUCUGGCUGCUUCUGGUUUGGUGUAGUAGUUUUUUUCAAGGUUUGCAUUAGGACCUACUCCUGAUUUGGGACCAGACUCAUAUUUAGUAAAACGCUUUAAGUCCUUAAGUCCCAAGGCUUUUUCCAGUACAUUCCUGAGAGAUGUCACAGCCACACGAGUUGUUGACUUACCGGCAUGUGGGAGUGAAGUUUGGUUUUGGGUGGGAUAAAGUUAAUGUGGCGUUUGAACCAAUGUCCCCAAGACAUGUCCCAAUCCCCACUAUUGGGGAUUUAAUAAAAGCAGUGCCCUUACAGGGUACAUUUUACCUCCCCUUCCUUUUUGAAGGGAUUGCUUGCAUGUUCCCAGCGUGUCCUGUUCAUUUAUAUUUGUCCAUCCUUGUUAUAUGCUAAAUAUUCUCAGAUGUUUUUUAUGAAAAGCAUUCUCUUUCUAGCAAGGUAGAGGGAGGAAAGCGCGUUGCCUCCUGCGUGGUUAUUGUCCCUGCUGCGAGCUUCAGGGCUGUGGUUUCUGUUGCCAGGUGGAGUACUGCCCCUGCGUGAUAGCUAACGACUGCUGGAACCUGCUCAUGGAGUUCAUGCAGAGCUUCAUGGGGAACCACAC